GGCGGUGGAAUAAUCCAGAAGGUUGGAGAUAUUUGUCCACUGGAUUAGACAGAGGCGGUCGCGGUAUCACAAGCGAGCACCCAGCCAAACCGAACGCAGCCGGCAAACCAUUUCCGCACCACCGCAUCGCCCUCCGCCGCCAGUCGCGCGCCCGCGUCCGCCACCGGCACCGGCACCGGCACAGCAAGCCACGCCUCCUCCCUGUCCCUGACCAUCCCGCGCGCCCGACCCCGCCGCGAAAGCCCCGAGAUCCGCCGCGCCGCCGUCGAUCGACCGGGGGCCUGAGAAAGAAGAAGAUGGGGCGGAGAGGGGAGCCCUACUACGUGGAGGCGGCGCCGCCGGUGGACGUCAACAAGAACACCGAGUGGUUCAUGUACCCGGGCGUCUGGACCACCUACAUCCUGCUCCUCUUCUUCGCCUGGCUCCUCGUCCUCUCCGUCUCCGGCUGCUCCCCGGGGGCCGCCUGGACCGUCGUCAACCUCGCGCACUUCGCCAUCACUUACCACUUCUUCCAUUGGAAGAAAGGAACCCCAUUUGCUGCUGAUGACCAGGGCAUCUACAGCCGAUUGACAUGGUGGGAGCAAAUUGACAAUGGCCAGCAGCUUACUCGGAACAGAAAGUUUUUAACUGUGGUACCUGUGGUCCUGUACCUGAUUGCAUCACACUUGACCGACUACAAGCAGCCGAUGUUUUUCCUCAACACCGUGGCGGUUUUCGUGCUGGUUGUAGCAAAGCUGCCAAACAUGCACAAGGUCCGCAUAUUUGGAAUCAAUGCAGACUUCUGAUGGCCAAUUCAGGAAGUACAUGGAUUCGCAUGCUCCAAGUUCUGAAAGAGGGACGUGGAACAAGUGAAGUCGCCGCCUGUAAUAUCUGUGUAGGUGUAGAAAGAACUGUAAAUGUUACUCUAGCAUACAAGGUUUGCCUGCAGACUGCUGUGUGUUUGUUGUCGCAGCUUCUUCCUUUAGAGUUGGUUCACUGGAAGUCUUCCUUUAGUGCAUGGAACACAGCAGUAUGUGGAUAAGAAAGUGUGUUGCAAAUGCUGUUUGCCGUCUUGUAUAUAAUGGAACCAAGCUGAUACUCCCUCUUUGUUUUGAGUUGGUUUUUUUAAAAGGUCGAACUUCACAAA